GCGCAUGCGCAGCGCAAGGUGCGCGAACACGCCGAGCAUUAGUGCGCUCCUGCGGCUCGGCGCUCAGUCGGUGGUGCUGAGGGACCCGUUAUGUUCACCGGGAGAAACGUGCGCUAAAAGACGGGAAGAGCAGAAGUGCAGGCCUCAUCGCGCAGCCUCGCUUUCCUGAGACUGAAGCAGGACUUCAAAAGUUUUGGUGUCAGUCUUUAAACAUGGGAGACGGCUGUGAGCGGAGGCGGUACCGGCUGGUUCUCUACAGCCUUCUGGCGUGUUUGUCCACCGUGUGUUACCGGAGAGCCGAGGCCGGCUGUGCGGACCGGGAGACCCCCGCCUGCUGCACCGGCAGAAACAACGAGUGUGUGGAGUACAGCAGGAGGAGGACGGUGUGUUACUGCGACACGUACUGCGAGAAAACCGGGGACUGCUGUGAGGACUACCGGCCAGUGUGUCAGAUCUCCGCAGCUAUAGACUGUGAGGUGGGUCAAUGGGGUACUUGGUCCCCAUGUUCGUCUGUGUGUGGCGUGGGCACGACAGAGAGGAGCCGACAGGUGACCACACCCCCUCGCAACGGAGGGUCGCCCUGUCCCGAUCUCAAGCAGCGCAGAGGCUGCCUCGCACAUAUGGACGCUUGCAGUGCUGCCAAGGAGGUGGCCAAGGUUUUACCCGACACAUUCAAACGCAACUUUAAGGACCCCUGGAGACGACCUCACAUGCUUAUGAAAGAGGAGAAGAAGAGUUAUUGUGUGUACAUGCGUGUGAAGCAGGUCAGCGCUGUAUGCAGGUUGAAGCUGUGGAGCCCUCAGCUCGUCCGUGAGCGCUCAGUGUGUGUCGAGUGUCAGGGUGAUGCCAUGGCAACUGACAACCGCUGCCGAGGAGAUGGCCUACAGAGCAUCAGAACCUUCUGGGCAGCAGCAUCAGUGCCAGGCUGCUAUGGAUCUUGGAUCAGAGAAUCUUCGAAUGAGAACUGUCAUUGCCCUCCUCACUCUCUACUGUUUGUUUGAAUAAAAAACUUCUUCAAAUUCAGUUUAAGAAGCAUAGCAGCGGGGGGGGGGGGGGUCGUCUUCUGCCCCCCAUGCUUUGAUAUGAAGUCACACACUUCAGUGCACAUAUUCUCUUUUACAAUCACACCAGUCACGUUAUGUAGUAUAACCACUCACAACUGCUGAAUAUCCACUUCACUGCAAAAAAGCUCAACUAUUUUCUUCUUACCUCUGAAACUUUACUACCUCCGAAAGGCACCUGCCUUAUCACCUUACAUAUCUUAUGUGGAUGUCACGCUGCUUGAUCCCUCUUCUAUUUCUGUAUGCAUAGAAAUCAAUCAAUGCAUGAACUUUUUUGUGUCAUUUGUGUAUGAAUGAGGCAGUGUGUUCCGGUUGCGAUUGUUUUUGAAUGUGUGCUUGCACAGUAAGUACUGAUGCAUGUGAAAAGCCCAUUUUUUGUUUUUAAAGGGAAAUUCCACUGAUCUAAUCAAUCCUUGAGAUGUGAACAUAGCCAUUCAGAGUGUUUUGAUAUGAAGUGGUUCACUGUAGAGAAAUUGACUGUUUGAAGUUUCUUUACAAUGGUGUCAUAUGUCUACAAUGCAAAUAUAUACAUUUUAUUUGUCCAAAAGGAUUAGUGAACCUACACUGCCUUUUUACAUGUAAAAUAGUGGUAAAUCUGAUAAUCUUGAGGGACUAUUUUGCCUUAGAACGCCAUUUGUAUAGCUCUCCGUUACGAAUAGCUUUUAAACAUAUGUUAUAGGCCAAAACGUAGCAUAUUGAAGUACUUCAUGUAACAGCUUUCUGUGAGGGGGCAUUUGGAUGCAUUAACUACUAUUAUUAAUGCUCCUUUAAUGGAUGCAUUUCAUAUCAAACCACUCGGAAUGACUUUGUGAAAUUUCUCUGUAACGUUUCUGCAAGAGGAAUCCAGUGUGUAUUUCAUGUCUGUGGAUCUUCUUCUUCACUAUAUUGUAGUUCUUUAUUUCAUCCGUGACUGACAGGAAGCUUGCUAGACAAUGUGAUGACAACAGAAAUUUGUCAUGACAAAGUCCAAGAAAUAUGAACACAACACUACAAGUAUGAGCUUGACACUUGUCCUCUUAUUUGUUUCUGGCCCAUAUUUUAUUUAUUACAAAUCUAAUCUUUGUAAGCUUGUUUUAAUGCACUAUCCCACUCUCCCCAGGUUAUAAUACUUUUCAGCUAUUCAGAUACUGUCAAAUUAAAGCUAUUUAUAUUCUUUCACUUUCUUUUUGUGCUCACUUGUACAAUCUCAUCUUAAGCUAUUUAAGCUUUUGAUCAUUAUGUUUUUAAAUGUAUUUUUUCUCUUUGUGUUUAUUAGUCUUAUCACCUAAUAAAUGUCUUACAUUCCA